AUGCCUGGCGGGGGCGACCCUGGCAAAAAGAAGGACGACAAGAAGAAGGAAAAGCCAAAGUACGAGCCUCCUGUGGAGUCCAAGUUCGGUAAAAAGAGAAGAAAGGGACCAGAUACGGCAGUCAAAUUACCUAGUGUCCAUCCAAGUACGAGAUGUAAAUUGAAAUUGUUGAAGUUGGAGAGAAUUAAGGACCACUUGCUCUUAGAGGAGGAGUUCAUUGCCAAUCAGGAAGCAUUCCAGCCCACUGAGGCUAAGCAGGCCGAAGAAAGAGAGAAGGUCGACGAGGUGAGAGGAUACCCAAUGUCCAUUGGUACCUUAGAAGAAAUCAUAGACGAUGACCAUGGAAUUGUCUCGACUACAGCAGGUUCCGAAUACUAUGUGUCCAUCAUGUCUUUUGUGGAUAAAGGUCUUUUAGAGCCCGGUUGCUCUGUGCUUUUACACCAUAAAACUGUCUCCAUCGUCGGUGUUUUGCAAGAUGAUGCUGACCCUAUGGUCUCUGUGAUGAAAUUGGACAAGUCGCCUACUGAGUCGUACUCUGAUAUCGGUGGUUUGGAGUCCCAGAUCCAAGAAAUCAAAGAAGCUGUCGAAUUGCCUUUGACGCAUCCAGAACUAUACGAAGAGAUGGGUAUCAAACCUCCUAAGGGUGUGAUUCUUUACGGUGCCCCAGGUACUGGUAAGACUCUUUUGGCAAAGGCUGUUGCCAAUCAGACAAGUGCCACUUUCUUGAGAAUCGUUGGUUCUGAGUUGAUUCAAAAAUAUCUCGGAGAUGGUCCAAGAUUGUGUAGACAGAUUUUCCAAAUUGCUGGCGAGCUUGCACCAUCGAUUGUCUUCAUUGAUGAAAUUGAUGCUAUCGGUUCCAAGAGAUACGAAUCUACUUCCGGUGGUGAAAGAGAAAUUCAAAGAACGAUGUUGGAGUUGUUGAAUCAGUUAGAUGGUUUCGACGACAGAGGCGACAUCAAGGUCGUUAUGGCCACCAACAAAAUCGAGAGUUUGGACCCUGCAUUGAUUAGACCGGGAAGAAUUGAUCGUAAGAUCUUGUUCGAGAAUCCCGAUUCUAACACCAAGAAGAAGAUCUUGACCAUCCACACAUCUAAGAUGAGCUUAUCAUCCGACGUCAACCUAGAUGAGUUAGUCACCUCGAAGGACGAGUUGUCUGGUGCCGAUAUCAAGGCGAUGUGCACGGAAGCAGGUUUGUUGGCAUUGAGAGAGAGGAGAAUGCAAGUCAAGGCCGAGGACUUUAAGACUGCGAAGGAGAGAGUACUCAAGAACAAGGUUGAAGAGAACCUCGAGGGCUUGUACUUGUAA